AUGAAACAUAUCGAUGGUCGUAGUUUAGUAUUGUUGACGCAGUAUUUAUUUGACUGUAAUCUAUUCCCUUUGCAGGAAUGCUCUCCGUACGCUGCUCAUUUGUAUGAUGCAGAGGAUCCAACUACCCCAGUCAGACAGCUGCCAGGUCUUUGUGAUGAAUAUUGUGUUGAAUUCUGGAAUAAAUGCAAGACAACCGUGCGUGCCUUGGUGAAAGAAGGAGAGCUUCUGGAAAUUGUACCCAACAGGAAGCAAUUCUGUGACAUCUUACAACUGCAAGACCUGGAUUAUUGCUUCCCUCGUGUCUUAUCGAACAGCAAUCUGACGAGAAAUCUUGGGGCAGUUGUGGCUGAUUCUGAUGGCUGUCUCCAGCUAUGUCUGGAGGAAACAGCAAACGGUCUACGCAAUCCUGUUGCUAUGGUACAUGCCAAUGACGGAACCCAUCGUUUUUUUAUUGCUGAACAGAUUGGCAUGGUCUGGGCAUAUCUGCCUAACCGGGCUAGGGUGGAGAGACCAUUUUUGAACAUUACUGAGGCAGUCCUAACUUCACCCUGGGAAGGGGAUGAGCGAGGAUUUCUGGGCCUGGCAUUUCACCCAAAAUUCAAACACACUGGGAAGGUCUACGUAUAUUACUCUGUUGAAGUGAAUCUCGAAGAGAAGAUUAGAAUCAGUGAGUUUAGAAUUUCUUCCCAUGAUAUGAAUAUGUUGGAUCAUAGUUCUGAGAGGUAGGUGCAAAUCAUGAUUUUCAAUCUUUCCAUACAGACCAAAAUGGGAAAAAAGUUCUUCAACUAAUCCAAACCACCUUAUCCUCAAUUACUAGAAAUGCGUAAAAUCCGGAUUAUUGCUUCCUCCUGUUCUGCCCAAUAAGAGUGUGGUUGAAAAUCUUGCGCUAAUGUGUUAUUCUCUGACUUUUGUUGACUCCACCACUCCAUUCUCCUCCCCCCCCCAUCACCCAAUCAAACUCUAAGCUUUCUCCCUAUUGUUGGCCAACCAAAAUGAAUGGUAACAAGGAAACACAUUUCUGUUUGUGUGUUGUGAACA